UCCCCCCAAUCUCCAAGCCUUGCAUAUACAUCCCUGACCAGAGUCCAACAUGGCAAACCAAGCUCCCAACAAAGUGCAAGAGCGCCUCUCGCAGGUCGAAGGCCAUCUCUCGGGUGGUGCUGCAAAGUCGGCGGCCAAGGGAAAGCAGAGCCUGCUGGAGAAGAGGCCUGAUGAUGUCGUCGUGACGUGCGCUCUCCGCACAGCCUUUACAAAGGGCGGAAAGGGUGGCUUCAAAGACACACAGGCAGCUGAUCUCCUCCACGGUGCUUACAAGGCCGUCAUCGAGCGCUCGGGCAUCGACCCCAAACUCGUUGAAGAUAUUGCUGUCGGUGCUGUGCUCGCUCCAGGCGGUGGCGCGACCGAGUUCCGUGCUGCUGCUCUUGCUGCCGGCUUCCCUACCACAACCGCCGUCAAGAGCUUGAACAGGCAAUGCUCGUCUGGUCUUCAGGCCUGCGUCGACAUUGCCAACGCCAUCAAGUCGGGCAUGAUUGAGAUUGGCAUCGGCGCCGGCGCAGAGAGCAUGAGCACACAAUACGGCCCUGGCGCCGUGACGGAGUUUUCAGAGCUCCUCGAGAACCACGAAGAGGCGGCAAACUGCAAGGUGCCCAUGGGCGUGCUCUCGGAGCAGAUGGCCAAAGAAAAGGGCAUUGCGCGCGCAGACCAAGACGCCUUUGCCGCGUCGUCGUUCCAAAAGGCCGUCGAGGCGCAAAAGCAAGGCCUCUUUGACGAGGAAAUCGCGCCCCUGACUGUCAAGUGGACAAACCCCAAGACGCAAAAGGAAGAAACCAUUACCGUCAGCAAAGACGACGGCGUCAGGCAAGGCAUCACGCCCGAGUCGCUGAGCAAGAUCCGACCUGCCUUUGCCAAGGACGGCUCCAUCCACGCCGGCAACGCGUCGCAAAUCUCGGACGGCGCCGCUGCCGUGCUGCUCAUGAAACGCAGCACCGCAGAGCGUCUUGGCCAAAAGAUCCUCGGCAAAUUCGUCCAAGCCUCCAUUGUCGGCGUGCCUCCGCUCCUCAUGGGCGUCGGCCCCGCGGCCGCCAUCCCCGUGGUCCUCGAGAAAACCGGUCUAGCCAAGGACGACGUGGACAUUUACGAAAUCAACGAGGCCUUUGCCAGUCAGUGCCUCUUCUGCAUCAACGAGCUCGGUCUCGACAAAAACAAAAUCAACCCCAAGGGCGGCGCUAUCGCCUUUGGUCACCCUCUUGGCGUCACCGGCGCGCGACAGGUUAGCACUCUCCUCACCGAACUCAGGCGCACCAAGCAGCGCAUUGGCGUUACCAGCAUGUGUAUUGGAACCGGUAUGGGUAUGGCGGCUGUGUGGGUUGCCGAGUAAAUGUAUGUAUGUUGUACAUGACACAUAGGGAAUAAAAGUAAAGUAAAGCAAUGCAAUGUAUAUC